GUAGAACGAGUUAUGAUGUAUUUUGUUCUUUGGCUGCUUUACUGACUCCGUAUGACAUGUUGGCUUGAAAUAGACAGCAUGCCAAAUCACUGUAGGCUACUCAGUUGGUCUGUGCAUAUGAUCACUUCAGGUGUUCCGGUUAUGGAUCGUCUUUUGCGCAUUUUGCUUCUGCCGGUCCUGUGUUCGCUUGCGCACUGUGAACAGAUCAAACCUGCUAUUGCUGAUGAGCAGUAUCUCUGGGUUGGUGGUCAAACUGGGGAAGUUCACACCUACCGGAUCCCUCUACUCACCUUCACCCCUCAAGGAAGUCUGCUGGCUUUUGUAGAAGCCCGGAAGAUGUCUUUCAAAGAUAUUGGAGCCAAGUUCAUAGCCUUGAGACGUUCCACAGAUCGAGGGGUCACCUGGUCACCCACCUCAUUCAUAGUGGAUGAUGGUUCUCUAACAGAUGGGUUAAAUCUGGGUUCGGUUGUUGUAGAUGAGGCGACUGGUGCAGUGAUACUCAUAUACUCUCUUUGCUUCCACCAUUACCACUGCAAACCCUCCAGUACCAUGCUGGUGGAGAGUCUGGAUGAUGGGCUCACCUGGAGUGCCCCAAGAAACCUUAACCCUCAGCUGGGGCUCAAGAGCUUUGCUCCUGGACCGGGCUUCGGUAUACAGAAGCGUCAUCCACCUGCUGUUGGGCGUUUGGUGGUGUGUGGCCAUGGCACCCUUGCUGGAGAUGGAGUGUUCUGUAUCCUGAGUGAUGAUCAUGGAAAAACGUGGCGAUAUGGAGCUGAAUUAAAGAGUAUCCCAUAUAACCAGCCCAAAAAGAACCUUGAUUUUGACCCAGAUGAGUGUCAGCCAGUGGAGUUGGAUGAUGGCAGCAUUGUUGUGAAUGUGCGCAACAAUAAGAACUAUCACUGCCGCUGUCGGAUGAUUGCGCGCAGUCUGGAUGGAGGCGAGUCUCUGCCCAUGGGGGAGCUGGUGUUUGAUCAGACUCUGGUGGACCCUGCGGUCGCAGCUGGAGCUUUACAGAAAGAAGGAGUGCUUUACUUCACUAACCCAGCCAACUCUCAUAGCAGAGUUGACCUCACCCUUCGCUGGUCUUUGAAUCGUGGUAAAUCAUGGGUGAAAGAUACACUGAAGAUCUGGGCCGGGCCAAGUGGAUACUCCUGUUUGACAGCACUUAAAGGCAAUGGAAGUGACGAUCACAAGUACAUCUAUAUCAUCUUUGAGAAAGGUCAAACAGACUACUUUGAGACCAUCUCUUUUGUGAAAGUUGACCUGUACAGCGAACAGUGAAGAAAGUCACUGAGUCCAAGAAGCUACAUGAUGAUGAAAAGGCUUUUUGUUUUAAAUUUUGAAACCUGUUUUCAGUCAAACCAUUUUUAAUCUAUGAGAUCUUAUAUGUGCAAAAGUGACUGGGCAUUAAUUUCAGGAUCUGUAGAAUCAAUUGCCUUUAUAGUUCAUGUGGUGAUACAGUAACAUGUAAGAUGUGUUAUGAAACUCACAACAUACUUUCCUUCUAGUUUUUAAUUACAUUUUUCAUUUCACUUUAAAAAGUGGCUUACAGUGCAUUCAAAGUAUAAAUUUUAUCAGUAUGUUUGUUCCUUGGGAAUCCAAAACACCACCUUUCAUUGCUUAUGAUUCCCUACCAUUAGAUUUGUUUUUCAAUCACUUCAGACUCUGUAGUAUUAGACUUUGACUUAUUAGCAUGUUUAAAGAUGGAAUAUUGAAAGUUUGUUCAGCAAAGGAUCAAGUUGUAAUUAGAUAAGACAAACAUUGGUCCUCCGACAACUGUAUAAUAAACUAAUUAAUGACAGCAAAGCAAAAGCUGUAUUUACUUCAGGACUCUACUUUGUGGAUUCAGAGUAUUUCCUUAAAGGAAGUGUUCAUCCAAAUAUGAUCAAAAUGUAAGUCUUUUUUUUACCCUUAAAACAUUCACAUUAACAUCUGAAAGUCACAUGUAGUGCCUGUUUUGUUUCACUUUCACAUUUGAAAGUGAAAGUUGAGUGGAGAUUUAGGGUAAAAAGGACUUAAAUAUUGUUCUGUUUCUCACCCACAUCUAUUAUAUUUCUUCUGAAGAUAUGGAUUAAACCACUGAAGUCGUAUGGAUUACUUUGUUUCCUUUAUGUGAUUUUUGGAGCUACAAAGUUCUGGCCACCAUUCACUUGCAUUGUAUGGACCAACAGAGCUGAAAUAUUAUUCUAAAAUCUUCAUUUAUGUUCUGCUGAAGAAAUAAAGUCAAACACAUCGGGGAUGGUAUGAGGGUGAGAAAAUAAUGAGAGAAUUUUCAUUUUUGGGUGAAAUAUCCCUUUAAGUAGUUUAUUAGUGAAUUACAGGUGCCUGGGUGCCUUUUACCCCAAGUGUGGGAGCCUUUUACCAGGUGUGGGGUAAAAGGCCCCCUCACCACCUUUUUUUAAAUUAAUUUUAUACAAAAACAACCUUCUGUUGUGUGAUGUUGCUUCAUCAAUGUUCACUUCAAAUAAAUGUAUU